GUCAUUUGUAAACAAAAAAUGUAUCCCAUAAGAUCUGCUUAAUUUUUAAUAGUAUUAACAACAUGAAACAAUAAAAUUAACAGAACUUAAAAUCUCUGAAGCCACUUGAAGGCCAGUAGCCGAAUCCAUUAGGAUGGCAAGCAGACACCGAGAACAUUUGGCUGGAUAUUUGGCUGCCAGAAAACCACAGUCAGGCACAGAGUCAAGAGCAGAAUCUAAUAGAGGAGCUCAAAAUGGCAGUCGGGAUGUUCCAGUACUGUUUACAUCCAGUGUAAGAACCCAAGCUACACCUGCAAACACGAAGUCUCGCGCAACUUAUCUCAGGGCCAGAAAACCACUACACUUGCCUAAAGGAACUGGGAAGGCUCACGUUAACGAUCUCCCUGAUGAGCUGCUGUUGCGGAUAUUUAACAAUCUUGACAUCGAUGACCUACUAGUAGCCUCACAAGUAUGCGCACGAUGGAAUCCCGUUGCUAAUGACAAUUCUCGGUGGAGUGGAUUUUACCAGAAGUAUGGUAGCAAGCUCAGACAAGAAGCGGGCCAGAAUGAUCUCACAUACAAGCAACUGUGCAUUAAAGGAUCAUGUGGGCGGCGAGACAAGAUGUGUGCUCGUGUGUUGAAGACCAUUAACCCUUUUACUGGUCUGCCCAGAGACUCGGAGAAGGCACUUAAGUCAGCAGGAGUAUACUUUCAAAUGUCUAUGACUGACCAAGAUGACAAUGAAAUAACUUUUCGGAGCCAAGAUGUGUUCUAUCACCAGAUGUCGGCAAGUGUCCGCUGGUUCGAUCUUCAGAUGCCGGCAAUCAACUCCAUAAAGAAGCUCAGCUUUAUUGCAAUGCAUCCCCUGUUUUACACAAACGAGGGGAAAGCUAUGGCAAAUAGUCCAUUUCAAAAGUCUUUGCUGCUUUCUGUGAAAUUUGACUGGCAGAAGUGGUUGAAAUCGAACAAGCCGGCUGGAUUUGAUGACAUGGUUAACAUUUAUUCAUUGCCAGAUGGUCUAGCUUUGGCAACGUGGAAGUCAGAUGGAGGACUGGGGUAUGUCAGCCUGGGCCUCCAUUGUAACUUGCUGGUGAAGAGGUGCUUGCAAGGGUCUACUCUAAGCCCAUAUGAUACUGAUGUCCAUAAAGUCACACUGGAUGAUAUUGACUCAGCUUAUGGUCUGCAUGAUUACCAGUGUACCAUUGACAUUCGAACCCUUAGGAACUCGAUCUGGAGUCAACAGUUCAACAGCCUUGCUUGUAAAAAGGAGUCCCUUGAGUCAGGCUUUGCCUGUUUGCCCUUAAUUAGAAAGGACCACCAUUGUGACCAUGUUAUACUGCAGAAGAAAAUUCAGUUCCCUUGGAAAACAGACGCUUUUAGAGGAAUUGUCGAGAAUGUGGUCUGGAUUGAUGUUGUUGUUCUAGAUGAAAGAAAAGAGCCAUUCUGGUGUGUAAGUUCACUGUGCCGAGUGUCCAGUGAGAAAAAUAAAAACAAUUUUGAUUUUGACUACACGUCUGAUGAUGCCUACAAGAUGUCGUUUAUGGAUGAAAGGGGGAAACUGGAAGCUUUAAUGAGCAUGACUGACGAUGGCCUGUACUUUAUGACACAGCUGGACUUAAAGCUAUCCCUAGAUGCCAUCAAUAAAUGGUUUGGAACUAGCUACAGAUGAGAUAACCUAAAGAAUGGGACCAAUUUAAGAUGUCAGGAUUUGUUUAACUCUCUAAUGAUGUGGUCUUCGAGUGCCUUAAAAUGAACACUACCUUAAACUCCACCUGGAUGUCAUCGUCAAGUGGUUUGGGACCAAUCAUAGAUGUCUGACUUUGUUCAUCUUUCAACUGGUGUGAUAUUCAAGUUCUUUAACAUGAAAACGUUUGAUAUGUUAAGAACCCCCUCUAUAAAACUCUCUUUGAUGCCAUCUGCAGGUAGUUUAGGAGCAGCCAUAAGUGACAAACUCCCUUAAACUGUAACGAUAGGUUCUACAAUUGGUUUGGGAUUAGUUGUGCACGAACCACUCAAUAAAACACCACAAGUGGUCUUAGACCAGCUAUAGAUAGCAAACUCCCUGAACCGAUGAUGCGGCACUGCACAUGUUUUGGGAUCACUUGUAAGUGACACAGCCUUUUCCAUCAGCGAGGGGUUUGGUACAAGCAUGUUGACCAUAGCAUAUCUGCUUCUAUAGAUGUCGAUGAUAAACUCACUGAGCAAUGUUUUCUCCCAUGAUCCCUUUACCUAUUUGUGUUAGUAGAUUAUACUUUCACAGUAAUACUUUAAUUAAUAAAAAGUGAUCAGUUUUGAAGUUUAAAACAAAUGGCCACCACUGUUACAUGAAAUACAAUGUGUGGUCGUAGUGCAAGACGUUUGCAAGUAUACUAAAUAUAGUAAUAGCAGCUGUUUAAAUAGCGUUGGACUAAUCCCUAAAAUAUGCAUGGACUUCCUAUGAUAUAACAAAGCACAUGUUUUAUGAUACAUAUUACAGUCAUGGGCCUAUAAGCCGGUAUGCAAUGUGAUAGUUUCUAAACGUUGAUCAUAAAUUAAUAAUCGUUGUUGCUUUUCAAGUAAAAAUGUGAUAUCUGUCUCUUUGAUUUUAUGAAUUAUUUUAUUUUGUUUUCAAUAAAACAGCAUUGUGCUAC